AUGACGAGUGAAAAUGAUGAAAAAAAAUUAAAACAAUGUCUACAAUUAAUUAUCCACGCUAUUUCUGAUACAAUUAAUAAUUUAAAAAAACAAUCAAGACAAUCUAAUCAAAAACAAAUAUUAAGUAACCUUCAGGAGAAAAUAAAUGGUCUAUUAGAUGACAAUCUUUCAUCUUUAUCUUCUCAAUGUCGAAAUUAUCUCUUUGACGAAUUAAAUGAAUAUAAUUAUAAUGCUGAAGAAAAAAUAUUUUCCACGUCAUUUACAGAAGAUAAAUUAUAUCAUUUUUUACAUGAUCUUCAAGGUAGAUUAAGUUUAUCUGAGGCUUGUCAAGCUGCAUGGAAUGGAGAUCAAAACAUGAUAGAAAAAUUCAUUAAAAACUAUCCAAAAUUAAAAGAUAAAUCUGGUCUUUAUGGAACAACUCUCUUAUAUUCUGCAGCAAGAAAGAAUCAUUUUAAUUUAGUUCGAUAUCUUAUUGAAAUGGGUAAAUGUUCAGUUAAUACACAAAAUAAAGAUUAUAUUGACAGAGGUAGUUUAUCAACAUUAAAAGCAACAAUCGGUUCAACAGCAUUACAUGCAGCUUGUUUUCAUGGGCAUUUACAAAUUGUAGAAUAUUUAAUUCAACAUGGAGCUGAUUAUUUUAUAUUAAAUAAUGCAUUUGAAACUCCCAUUGAAAAUGGACAAAACAAACCAAAUAUUCGACAAUUUUUUACCAAUUUUCUUCUGUUCAGUUAUUCAAGAAAUUCAAAUAUUCUUCCAAAAAGAACAAUUCUUGAAGAAAUCGAAAAAAGUCCAGAAGCAAUUAUUGAUUGUUUUUGGGAAUAUAAACCAUUUUCUCAUGAUCGAUGGUUUCCAUUUACACCGGAUUCAUCAUCUCGACUUCAACAAGCUUUAAUUAUUGAUUCUGAUAAGAAAUUCAUUAGUGAAAUCCAUUUAAAAGCAUCUCGAGAAGCAUUUAGUGUAUCAAUAGUUCAGUUCUUACGAUCAGGUAAAAAUCAUGAUCAUAUUGAAAAUUUGGCUUGGGUUCGUUGUAGAGGUUCAUCUCUUCUUAAUUUUCAUUGUUAUUCACAAUGGCAAAUUAUGUUCAUUAGACAUCCAACAGGAAUAACAAAUUCUUCAUCUUCAAUAGAAGUAUUUGAUAUGAUAAAAACUAAUAUACAACUGAAUUCAUGGUAUAAUUCUAAUGAUAAAAUUAAUUUUUUAUUUGAAAGAGCAAUGAAUUAUCGACGAAAAUAUAUAACUAUUAAUUUGGAUUUUAUCAAUAAUGAGAAAAUAACAUUCAAUCUUGAAAAUUUUACAUUUACUAAUCAAGAAAAUACAAUUGAAGGUUUUUUAAGAUGGAUACCAAAACUUAUAUUGAAUGAUGAAAAAUUAACACUUGUGAAUAAUUUUCAAUUGCCACCUAAUUCUGAUUUAAUACUACUCACAACAUCAUAUUUAAAACAAGUAAAACUCAAUGACACUAUUUCUACAGAUGAAUUCAAUCAAUAUAAUUUAAAAUAUGAUGAUGUUUGGAAUGGGGACAUUUUGGAUCUUCCAAAUCAGACGGAUGUUAUUGUAAUAUGUACUUCAUCAAAAUCUUUACUUGAAAGUGUUCUUGAAGCAGGUGGAGCAUCUCUACGAAAGUCUUUUCAAAUCAAAUACAAGGAAAAUCCAAGAGAACCUGUUAUUAGCAUCACUAUAGAUGAUAGACUUCAAGCGAGAGCAGUUUAUUUUGUUGCAUGGCAACCUAACGCCGAUAGUAGUAUACUUAGUCAAUCAAUUGAAGAUUUAGUUUCAAAUGUAAUGGAAAAAGCAGCAAGUGAAAAUUAUAAAAGCAUUGCAUUUCCAGCAAUUGGUUGUGGUCGAUAUGGUUGUUCAAUUAGUCAUGUAGCUCAAAUACUUGUUAGACAAGUUCAACGACAAAUAACUAAAUAUCCACUAAUGGUUUCAUUUGUUAUUCAUCCAGAUAGAACAGAUAUAUGUGAUGAAUUCCAAAAGCAAAUUAAGUUACUUCAAGGAGAAGACAAAAUCUCAACAACAAAACGAAUGUCAAUAAAAGUAGGACAAGGAAAAAUAGAAGUUAAAAAAGGAGAUAUUACAAAACAAGAAGUUGAUGUUAUUCUAGGAAGUUCAUCAUCAGAAAAUUUAAGACAAGUUUUACUAGAAGCUGGAGGAAAACAAGUUGAAGAUGCUUACAGUGAAGAAUUUCGCGUUAAUCCAAAUUCAUUAAUUAUUUCUACUCCACCAGGUCAAUUACCUUGUAAAAGAAUAUUUUUUCUUAAAUGGGAACCUAAUAAAGAUCCUGAAAUUCUUCGACAAUCAAUAAUUGAUCUCAUAUGGAAUCUUAUUCAAAAUGUUAAUUCAUAUAAUUUUACUUCAAUUGCAUUUCCAGCUAUUGGAUGUGGAGAACAUGCUUGUUCUGUUGAUAUUGUUGUUAAAACUAUGGUUACAGAAAUGAAACAACAAAUUCAAAAUAGAAAAUUACCAUGGAUAGUUACAUUUAUCAUUCAUCCUAAUGAACAAAAUGUUUAUGAUGAAUUUUGUAAACAACUUUUAGCAUCAAAUCACGAACCAAUAGAUUAUAAAUUACCUUCAACUUGGCAAACAUCAAACGAAGAUAAAAUGCAAUUUAUUUUAUCAAAAAAUACAAAUGAAUAUAAAUCGAUUGUUAUGGAUUUUGAUGAGACAAUGAAAAAUAACUAUCAAGAAAUCAUUAAAAUUGAACGAAUUCAAAAUGAACGAUGGUAUAUGCAAUAUUUAGCACAUGCGAGAGAUUUUCAAAAACGAUUAAAUGAAGAUACUGAAAAAUUUUUAUAUCACGGUUGUCCUGAAGCUGCAGCAUAUUCGAUUAUGCAUGAUUGUUUUAAUAGAAGUUUUGCUGGUGUUAAUGGCACAGCAUAUGGUGUUGGAGUUUAUUUUUCAUCCAGUGGAGCUUAUAGUCAUCGUUUUACGAAACCAAAUUCCAAUGGAGAACGAUGUAUGUUUCUUGCUCGUGUUCUUGUUGGAAAAACAACCAUUGGAAAUAAGUCAAUGAAAACUCGACCUGUGGGAUUCGAUUCAACAACAGAUGGAAAUCAUAUUUUUGUUACUUAUCAUGAUGCACAAGCAUAUGCUGAAUAUUUAAUUACAUAUAAAUAG